AUGAUCACCGAACACAUCUCUAGAGGCCUUGUCUUACAAUCUUCGACGUUAUCAAUCAACAAUAGACGAGCGAAACCGUUAUUGGGUGCAUGGCAUUGUUGCCUUCUCAGUUUAAUAAUUCCAGGUGUUGAAUUAAAUAUUGAACUAGCAAAAUUUGAACUGCUAUCAGAAUUUCUCGCAUUACGUAGACCUAUAGUCCAAACAAGAACAAGAGCGAUCAUGAUAUUAUCAGCCAAAGAAAUGUUUGAUGCUUUAGGUGGCAUCAAAUCUAAUGCAUGA